AUGGACAACGAAUAUACCGAUAUUGAUGAUAUUCCUGGUAAUAUUAACAUUCAACCCUACAUGUUUGAGCCACCUCCACGUCCGAAUGUCCAGGAAAGCAGCGAGGAAAGCGAUUAUGGCGAUGAGCAUGAUCAUGGACAUCGCCGACUAAACACUUUUUGGUGCGAGUGUGGAUCCUGUCAGCAAAUGGGGACAAUAACUGAAUGUGUCUGUUGUGUGGAGCUGCCAGCCAUAAACACUAGUUUUCGGGAGUCAAGUGACCUAGAAUGCAUCACUCAUCAUCAGACAUUCAUAGACAAUUAUUUAAAUGUCAGAGUCCUUGAAGUUAGCCUUCACGACUACAUUCAGAGAGAAGGGCCCCUAGAUGACAACGAACCAAUUCAUGAAGUUUAUCGACAUAUCGCCUGUCGACGAUUUGUGCUAUGGAUAUGGCACAGACUUGGAAAGGGCAAUCGAAAAGUUCUUCCGGCAUGUGUGGUUUCCAGGAUAAGACACACGUUCCCAUUUGAGACCUACGUUGGAUUUCAGUACCCUCGCCCCGAUUCCUAA